UGUAGAUUUUCUGUGGUUAAUUUAAAAUGGCAAGUCGUACAGCUUGGCAAACGGAAAAAUCAUUUAAAAAGACAAACCGGCGCAUGUUGCAAGAUGGCACACUUUGUGACGUCAUUUUCUUAGUCGGGAAUGAAAAAAAAAGAAGAAGUGAAAGCUCACAAAUUUAUCCUGGCGAGCAGGAGUCCCGUAUUCUAUGCUAUGUUCUGUGGUUCACUCGCAGAGUCAAGUAAAACCAUACAAGUUCCAGAUAUAGAACCCGAGAUAUUCCGAGUAUUAUUACAGUUCAUUUAUACCGAAGAUUGCACGGUCAACGUGGAUAACGUCAUGCCCCUUUUGUACAGUGCGAAGAAAUACGAAACCAACCGGCUUACAGAAAAAUGUAAAGAUUACUUAAAUACCAAACUCUCCAUCGACAAUGUCUGUGUCAUACUACAACAUGCAUACAAGUUUGAUGAAAGUGAACUAGAAGAAAAAUGUCUUGAAUUUGUUUUUGAGAAUGGAGAAAACGUACUAAAAUCCGAUGGAUUUUCUUCUUUACCGAAAGAAGUACUUCAGAAAAUUAUCGAAUCGGAUAAUCUCAAUGCCGACGAUUUAAGUAUUUACGACGCAUGCAAGAGAUGGGCAGUUGAACAGCAGAAACAAAAAUGUAAGAAACAAAAAUAUCCCGGAACUGAGCUUAGACAGGAGCUAGGGGAAAUAGUAUAUUCUAUAAGAUUCCCUACAAUGUCGUUAGAAACAUUUGCAAAACGUGUAGCUGUAGAAGACAUUUUAACACCAGAAGAAAAGGUCAGUGUUUUUCAAAGCUUAGCAGGUGUUGAUACUAAAACACUGUUGCAUCGAUUUCGUAAUACCAAUCGUAAACGAGUACAGAAACAACACUUAAAAUUGUCAAGAUUCGAUUCAAUCCACGGUAAAAGUUGGUUAUAUAGUGGCUACUCACCAGAUGCAAUUAACUUUAAAGUGUCCAAUCAAGCCAGACUUGUAGGUGUGAGUCUGUUUGCCCCAAGUUCGGCGGGAAAGGUAGAGGGAGAAGUUAGUUUAAAAGUUGGAACUACUACUUUAGCAUCCAGAAGUGAUCUUAGGAUAAAGUAUGAGCAGUCGAAGUACGUUGAGGAUGUGUUGUUUGAUCAACCAUACACAGUUGAACCAGGGACGUAUUAUACAAUAUAUGCCUUGCUGAAAGGCGCACAAACAUAUUCAGGCAAUAUUGGCAACCAGAGGAUUUCCUCUGGUACAUUUGAUCUGUCUUUUUUCUCAAGCAAUGCAAGUAAAAAUUUCACAUCCGUAGAGAAAGGACAAAUUCAUUCCCUUAUUCUAGAAGUAUCUACUACUGCAUGAAAACACAAACUAAAGUGACUGGACUCUAGAUUUUUUAAUUGAAGCUUUGUCAUAUUAUGAACAUUAGAACAUGAGUUUUUGUGUCUAGACAUAAAAAAAAUUAAUCAUGAAACAAACGCAUUUCAAUUUUGAAUGGAAAAAAAGUAAAAGUAACUCAUUUUCAAGUGUUUCCAUGACAAAUAAUCUGUCAAAGCCUUCUUAAGAAAUAUAGCAAUAAUUAUCUUAAAAUUUUCUCUUUUUUUGUUGUUUUUGUACGAUCUCGAGGGCAGCCACUUUAAGCUUGAAUACGAAAACCUUUAAACCAAUGUAUGUUAUGAAAAUUUAUAUUUUAACCUUUUGUAAUGCGAUAAAAUGCAGUCAUUUACACUUAAACAUUAAAGAUAUUUUCUCUGAUACUGAAAUUGCCUUAGAUUUAUUUGGCUAGUGAGACAAACUUUCUUCGUUUAAAUUCCAUAGUGUUCUAACAGGUAAAACUUUGAUUCUUGAACGAAAACUUUUCAGAAGAAAAUAAUGUUAAUUGAGGAUAACUAGACCGGUCGUCCACAAAAAAACGUGAAUUUGCAACGGGGGUGGGAAGAAUCAAGACUAAAUAUGUCAUAUAAUAAUCUCCACAGAAAAUACCCGCGUCAAACUCAAGCAGCAGUAUUCAGCUGUGAUUUUAUAGAGAAUCCGAACUUGUACGAAAUUACUUCAAAAGACGAUUUUAAGAUCAUUUCAUCCCUCCAUUAUGCACUAUCUAUAUAUAGUAAAGUGGUUUGAAAAUAAUCUACACUAAGCCUCGUGUGCGGUAAAAUACUUAAUGUUCUAUCUAAAAGUGAAAUCCACGAUUUUAUAUCCCCACGAAAUAGCCUCUUUGGCAAAAACCACGAAAUUUCAUGUCCGCGGAAUUAAAUGAUUCCACAGUGUAUACUAUGUAAGUCAACAGUGUAAAUUGAGACUACAUGUAUUUAAACUUCACACUUUUCUGGAACUUGUAAAAUGCUUCUUAUGAAACUGAGAGAAUUUAUUUCAAAAGCAGUUUUUUUUUUCAUUUCUAUUUAGAUUGGUCAGGUUUGUAUUCAUGGCAGUGGUAUCGGCUGGGUCAAGCCCUGUUUACACGAUGUCAAAUAGUGUUGACUGGGCAAUAAAUGUUGUUGCUAUGAAAGAGUGAAAGGGCCAAAAUCAUAACUGAAUAUAGGAAAACUUUAAAAUAAUAAACCUAAAGUUAAUCAGGAGUUGAUUUUUGUAUGAAUAACCGUCAUGUCGGGCCACAAAUGAAAAUAGGUUUUAGAAAUGGCUAACAUAGAGGCAGCUAUUUUAUUGUUUAUGACGCUAUUUACGCACUGACGAAUUAGUAUAAUUAGUUUCUAUAGUUUCCUGAGUUUAGAUGAAAAUCAUGAUAAUUUGUCUUCCCAUAUGUAGAUAUAUAAAUCGACUUUGUACUUGUACUGUCUGUUUGCCACAUAAGUUUGUCCAGACUGCUCCUCAUAUUCGAAAGGACGUAGCAAAACUGUAUAAAAAUACGUCGCCUGCUUUAAUGAGAAAAAUACUUGAGAUAGUUUUGUGUGAGGAAGAGGACAAUAAUGGUAUUAUUUUGUUAUAUUUCGGCUAGCAUUAAAGUCACUCUGACGCUACUAACAGCACUGACAUCAACCCAUCCCACACCAUAAUAAUGAUCGUGCAAAUAACUGUCGCUGGGGUAACGGCUUUGACGUAACCGUUCUAUGCACAAACCAUUUUCGUUAGGAGUGAGCAAUAGAGCAUGGGUAGCUUUUCACAUAUUUCAGUGCUAGAUGCUGUCGCCAGUUAAUAAUCAAUGAUAUUAAAACAAUAGGGUCGGGCCACAAGCUCUUUAAACAUGAGUAAACGGCCCUCUCCUUGCAAAGUUUUCUAUUACAUAUAUUAAUCAUUUUAACGAAGAAUAUAUUUGACAUGUUGAAAGGGAAAAAACAAAGAAACAAUAUCAUAAUGAAAUGGCCUGUAUUUCUAUCCAUUUCUUACAGAAAUGCUAAGAGACCCUUUGUCAUUCUGUUUUGAUAAAAGUAACAAUUUAGUACUACCUCGUUCAAAACGAUUCGAAUUAAUAAUAAAUUUAUAUACCGCUUACGUAAUAAGUUUCUUACGUCCAAGUAAAUAUCAGAUCCUUGUGAGGUGUCA